CAAUAAAGUAUACGUAAAGUAAUUAUUUUGUUAUGAAUAAUUUUAAAUAACCUCCCCCCCCCUUGAAAUAUCUAGCUACGGGCCUGAUAAGUAGGUACUAGGGCCGUCUGUGGGAAAAAAUAAAAAAUUAUGUAUUUAGCUCGUAUUAUUAUCGAUGCUUGUAAACUGAUGAUUGUUAUGACGAUUCGAUUAUUAUCCGGCGUUCAAUUUAUUAUCCGAUCAUUACUGUUUUGUUGUCUGUCCGUUCCAGUUGCAUCCAGUUUACUUUUCAACCAGGUAUCUAUACACAAAUAUAAGUAUAUAUUAUAAUAUAUACUUAUAUUUAUAAAUACCUAAUAAAGUCAGUGACGGAUAUUGUUGCCGUUUACACGCAAUUUUUUCACAGAAGAUUUGCGUUUCUUCAUAUAUUUUUCAGGUAUACGCAUACCGUUUGGUAUUUUCACCGUCGCAUCGGCGGUACAUAAAUACAUUAGGUUUUUCUAAUUCCUACGCACACGGUGCAUUGUGUCCCGCCCCUCCCCGGGUAUUAACCACCCUAGCAUACCAUCCGUCGAACCACCCAAAUCGGACAAAAAUCGUGUACUUCCAAGUGACUAAAUAUAACCAUUCAAGUAUGGUCAGACAGUUCUUGUGCCCGGUGAACGUGUCGCCAUUGAUCCGAUUAAGUCGAUGGUGCAUGUUAAUCGCCGGCAUCGGCUUCGGCGUUUACCGUCACAACGCGCUGCAGCAAUUCGAGGACGAACGUCGUCGAAAGUCCCGUCUAAACGAACAAAACAUCGUUGGUCUCGAGUUCGAGGAUACGGCCGAUGACGGCGAAAAUGGACCGUCGUCGUACAACCCAACGGGAUCACCGGAUUCGCAAUCACCCGACCAGACGGAACCAACUGAACAUCCGGUUUAUGGUCCGAACGAAUCACCUGAACUCCCCCCUCCCAGCCUGAUGGGACGGUCCACGACGCUUCCGCCGUCCGAUAUGCCGGACAGCCGGAACUUGUACCAAUUGGUCUAAACAAUGAACCACCCAAACUAAUGCCUUUCGGUCAAAAUGGAUCGCCCAAAUCCCCGCAAUCCGAACCAAGUGAACAGCCACCCUCUCCACCGUUAGACCCGGUGAACGGAUCGUCCGAACUCCCGCCAUCCAAACCAAGUGGACAGCCACCCUCUCUACCGAUCGACCCGCAGAACGGAUCGCCCGAAAUCUCGCAAGUCGAUCAGAAAUACAAUGAAAUACGGAACCUUUUAAGAGUUCCGCUUUUAACCGCUCCAACGGGACCACCUGACGUGUCGGUUUUGCACCAGCCGAUGAAACAGCCACUCGUCUAUUCGUUGCCGACUUACGCGGAGUACCGUCGAAGUCCUCUGUCAACCCUGUACUUGGGUUUCUGGUCAAAAAAAUCGAUGGUACUUUUUGAUUUGGCUAAACAAUCUCCAUCCACGCAGUCCAGCAGCCCAUUAUAAUACUUACACUUACGAUGUUGAUGUUAUCUUUUGAUGUUAUGUUAAAUUUUUUAUUUUUCUAAAUUUUGUACAAACUAUACACUGAUAAAUAGACGCACUCGUUUUUGUCGCAUUUUCUGCAAAUUAUUUCUGUAGGUUUUGCAAAGCGCAUAAAACAUUAACACAUACAUUAAGCGAAGAGGAUCCCACAUUAACCCGUAAUUUUGAAAACUAUACACAAGAUGUAGAAAUCAAUCAUUUUUUACAAA